AUGCGCCCAAAGACCUUGCAAGUUGCUCCUCUCCAGAUUACUUCGAGCUUGGAGCCGCCGUCCAAGAUCAGUGCAAUCGAAACUCCCGGUCCCACUACACAGCGUAAGAACCUGUGUACUCGCACUGGACGGAUCUUCCCAAUUGACCCUUCGGCGGCUCUUCCCACCGGCAUCGACACGCGCCGCGGACUCAUUGAGUCUUUUUGCCAUGUCCCUCUCAGGACCAUGACGGCAAAGCGUCCUCGUGCUGCCUUUGAGGCCGACCAGGCCCCCCAUGCACCACAGGCUCCGUAUGCUUUUUAUGGAACUCCCUUGCCCCCAUUGGAGGCGGGAGGUCGUGACGAUGGCUCCUACAUGCCCGUCUGGAAGCAAGAGGUGACCGAUGAGCGAGGACGAAAGCGGCUGCAUGGUGCCUUUACUGGUGGCUUUAGCGCAGGCUACUUCAAUACGGUCGGAUCCAAAGAAGGAUGGACGCCCGCCACCUUUGUCUCCUCCCGUCAGAACCGGGCGCGUGAUGCGAAAACGAAGCCGACGGUGUCGCAACGGCCGGAGGAUUUUAUGGACGAGGAGGAUCUACGGGAUCAGGAGGAAUCGCGCCAGUUGCAGACAACGGAAGGAUUUGCAGGGUUUGGAUUGACGGAUGCCGACGCAACCCGAAGAGCAGGCCUCAUGGAUGUGCUCAAGAUUGGCGGCGAAACGAUGGGGGUCACACUGCUGAAACGUAUGGGCUGGCGCGAGGGCCAGGGCAUAGGACCAAAGGUUCGGCGUCGCGCCAACCUAGGCCAGUCUGUCGCCUCUGCAAUCGACCUCAAGGAAGAGACAUACCUUUUUGCACCGGAAAACCCACCGAUGGUGUCGUUCACCCGGAAAACGGACUAUAAGGGCCUCGGAUUUGAAGGCGAAUCCCGUCUAGACGAUCCACAGGCGACUCGAGACGAGAAGCUGGACGACUCAGAUUCCUUUUUUGGGGAGCGGUUGGGCAUGGACAAAAAGUCCAAGACGAAACCGAAGACGAAAGACGCUCGCCGGGGCGGGUUUGGGGUGGGGAUUCUGAACGACACCGGAUCGGAUGACGAGGAUCCAUAUUCGCUAGGGCCGCAGAUUGCCUACAACAAGACCAUUGGCGGGGACAAAAAGAAGAAAAAGAAGUCCAAACCGGAUGGGACUUUGCCGACGAUCACGUCGGCCAACCCGUUGCUGAAGACGAAACCAGUCUUCAUUUCGAAGAAAGUUGCGGCGGCGCGCCCCGCGGGUGGCUUCCGGAAAUGUCGGGAUGGACGAUUACCGCUGGACGGCUUCGUUCUGGCUGAUAGCCUGUCUGGUCUGUCCAUCUCGGAUAAACGCUACGCGCCUCCCGCUAUUCCAGAGGGGUGGACCUCGUCCAAAAGAUCGCUUUCUCAUGAGGAGCAUGCGUCCAACUACAUCUCGACCGCGGAAGCAGCCAAAGCAUCUGCUCUAGAUCCCACCCAGAGAGCCGCUGCUCUCGGCGAGGUGCAGCUUCCUGGAAAAUCCAUCUUUGACUGGAUGACCCCGGAAGCGCGCGAGCGAAUCGCUAAGCUGACGGGAAAGACCGACCUCCCCCCAGCUCUAGGAGAAAAGGCGCCCAAGGGCUUCGAGACGUCCGAGACCCAGCGGCGGAAAGACUUGUGGGAUCUGGUACCCAAACUAGAUAAACAGGUGGCCGUGCAGGCCUUGACCCGUGCGGUUGGUGGGUGGAUGCCCUAUGCCGAGGAUGAGAGCAAACGGACGCGCUACCGAACUUUCUUGGAAGUGCGAGCAGAAGUGCGUGACACUCUCCCAGACCGCGCACCCGGGUCCAGCACCGAUGAGUGGGUGAAUGAAAUGCAGGAAUUUGCGCGGGCGGCCGAGGUUUUCAAACCAAUGUCAGGCAUCAUGGCCUCGCGCUUCACAUCGGCGUCCUCGGGACCCAAAGUGGCCUCUGAUGCACCCGAUCGUUCUACUGAAUCCGGAUCUCUCCUACAUCGUCCCCUUGAUCGACCCGAUCCGCCCGCCGUGGCGGCGGCCAAGAUUGGCAUGUUUGGGCAAAUGACGCGCAGUUCCAUUUCCUUCUUCCCGACCCGGCUGUUGUGCAAGCGGUUCAAUGUGAAGCCUCCGAGCCAUGUCCAGCUUGAUCCCGGAGAAGCUGCCGGCGGCUCCUCGGACACGGGGCGUAGACCCGCAUCUCAUUUCCAGUCUGCCGGAUACCAGACGGACGCUCCAACACGCAAGGAGCUCGUCUCUCAAGACGUGAUGGAUAUGAUUUUGAUGGAAUCAGGUCGGAAUCCCCCGCCGUUGGCUACGAAUGCCGAGGCUUCAGCGACUGGCGUGCCAUCUGCUGCUUCUCAUGCGAGAGCGCCCGUCGUAGCCGUCGAACCCGAGCGUAACGAGGCCCUCGAGGCCGAACGACCGGGGGAAGCGAUCUUCAAGGCGAUCUUUGGUAGCGACGAUGAGGAUGACGACGACGUAGAUUGA